AUGGCGCUGUCCAAUGGCUCUUGCUGCAAAAUUGGACCCUCAAUUUUAAACGCAGAUUUAUCCAACCUUGCCGCAGAAUGUCAGCGUUUAGUAGAUGCCGGAUCAGAUUAUAUGCACCUGGAUGUUAUGGAUGGACAUUUUGUUCCAAACUUAACUUUUGGUCACCCUGUUGUAAAGUGUUUGAGACCCAAGCUUCCUGAAGUUUUCUUCGAAAUGCACAUGAUGGUUGCAGCCCCUGAAAGGUGGAUCGAGAGUAUGGCUGAUGCAGGUGCUGAUAUGUACACAUUCCAUUACGAAGCCACCGAAGAUCCAGUUGGGUGUAUACGGAAAAUCAAAGAAGCUGGGAUGAAAGCUGGCAUGGGUAUCAACCCACCCACAGAUGUGGAGGUUGUGCUGCCGUACAUCGAUCAGCUUGAUUGUGUGCUGAUUAUGACAGUCAAUCCUGGGUUUGGAGGUCAAAAGUUUAUUGCUGAGUGUGUGCCAAAGAUUGAAUUUCUGAGGAACAAAUUCAGAAAUCUGGAUAUUGGAGUUGAUGGAGGUGUUGGGCCCAAGACCAUUCAGGAGUGUGCAGAUGCUGGAGCUAAUUUGAUAGUCUCUGGGAGUGCUUUAGUUGGGCAUGAGAACCCACAAGAGUGUAUUGCAACCAUGAGGGCAAUUGUGGACUCUGCUCUACAGAAAAUCCACCUAGAGAGAUAG